GUGCAGGAGCCCGUUGGCUUGAUCCGGAGCCUGGGAGCUGUAAAACCUGUUGUCAUAAUUGAUCAGUGAGCAGUGCUUCUAUAAGACACAGCAGCGAAUGCAGAUGGGAUGGAUGGUUAGCGUGAAGUCGUACCUGAGAAGUUCCGCAGUCAUCCGGGGCAGCUGCAGGGGACUAAGAGCUGCCGAACCCACAGCGUAAGAUUGAUCGCCUAGGACAUUGCAAAUGGCCGCGGAGAUUUGUUCAGGGCCAGGAGAUGGUACACUUAACGGAAAGAACAAGCACCAGAUAUAUUUCCCAGAUCCCUAGCCACGGCAGAGUUAGUCAGAGGCUUUAAGUUUUACCAUCCGGGCGCCACCGGAUUUGCAACAGAUGCUUCCAAAGAGGGUGCUAGAGCUGACGGGAGCCGGCCAAGUAGUAUGCAUGCAGGUCUAGGCCACGGGCUUGAUGUGCACGAUUUUCUUAGUGCACCUUAGCGAUGGGCGACCCCGCCGGCUGAUGGCCCCGACCCCGGAUAAGGGGAUCAUCGCAAGGCUCUGCAUGACCAGCCCUGCCGAAUUCCGGGUACGACCGUGGCGUGUUCCAUGGUUCGGCUAUCCCAGCUCGCCGUACAGACAUCGGCCGAAUAGCUUCACAUACGGCCGUGUCGUCGGCUCCGACGAUUUCCCUCGCUUAAAUAUAGGGAAAAAAGCGGAUAACACCGCCCACUGAUGGUAGAAAUGAGAAGAUUCGAUUGAAAAAGGAUGUCUUGACGAUGCAUAAGCGCUGCCUUGCCGAGAUUCAUGUAUAGCAGGAAAGUGGGAUGAAGGCAAAGGUGAACGGGUCAUUGAUGUAACCCAACUCUAUAGACUUGCGCGUGACGCGCCGCGAUUCGUCCGGAGUUACUUUUCCCGGCGCCGCUUUCGGAUCGUGUUUGCCUGA